AUGGUACAUAAACAUGCUUUUGAGGCUCUUGACCAUACAUUGAAAGUGGUUUUGAGUUUCUCUGAUUCACGAAAUUAUGAACUUCCAUUUGGUGGAAAGGCUAUUGUAUUUGGUGGUGACUUUAGGCAAAUCCUACCAGUUGUACAAAAUGGAAGCAGGCAAGACAUCGUACACGCCUCUUUAUGUUCAUCUUACAUAUGGUCGAGUUUCAAGGUGUUAAAUUUGACAACGAACAUGCGUUUGUCUGUUGGAUCGAGUAGCUCAAACAUCGAGGAGAUAAAAGAAUUUGGUAAAUGGAUUCUCGAGAUCGGCGAAGGCAAUGUUGGUGAUUCUAAUGAUUGUAAUUCAAGUAUUGAAAUACCUGACGAUCUUUUAAUAACUGAUGAAAACGAUCCAAUUCAAGACCGUGAUUACUUUUCUGAGAGAGCUAUACUCUCUCCUAAGAACGAAGUUGUUCAUGAGCAAAAUGAUCGUUUGCUGGCAUUGUUUCCUAGUGAAGAAGUAGAGUAUCUUAGCUCUGAUAGUGUAUGCCCUACUGAGGAAAUUAACGAUCCGUUACAUCAAGAUUUAUAUAAUCCUGAUGUGUUAAACAGUGUGAAGGUUUCAGGAUUACCAAAUCAUAGAUUGGUAUUAAAAUUGGGUGUUCCGGUCAUGCUUUUGAGGAAUAUUUAUCAACAAAACGGUCUGUGUAACGGUACAUGUCUUCAAAUCACACGUCUUGGUAAACGUGUUAUCGAGGCUGAGAUAUUAUUGGGAGGUAAUGUUGGUUCAAGAACUUACAUCCCAAGAAUUAGCAUGAUACCAUCAGACAAGAAAAUACCCUUCAAGUUUCAACGACGGCAGUUUACAAUAACUGUAUGUUUUGCGAUGACUAUUAAAAAAAUUCAAGCUCAAUCUUUGUCCAGAGUUGGUCUAUACUUGAAAGACCCCGUUUUCUCACAUGGUCAGCUUUAUGUUGCGUUGUCGAGAGUAAAGACCAAAGAUGGUGUGAAGCUUUUAAUAUUUGACAAAGAUGGGAGGCCAACAAAUAAAACUGCAAACGUUGUUUACAAAGAAAUAUUUGGGAAAUUGUAA